AGAAAAAAGAAGUAGGUCAGCUAUUUAUAAACGUAUACGUAUAUUCCGUUAUAGAUAUGAAUCGGCGAAAAGUCUGUGUGAUUGGAGCUGGGGUUAUAGGAUUGUCGUCUGCUGUUCGAAUCCAAGACAAGAUACCAAGCAUCGAUAUAACCAUUAUAGCUGAUACAUUUUCUCCAUACACAACUUCUGAUGGGUCUGCUGGUUUUUGGGAACCACAUUUAGUCAACCCUGAUCAAAGUGAAGAGCUCAGGAAAUGGGGUCAGGAGACAUUUGACUAUUUACUAGAUUUGGUCCAGUCACAGGAAGCAGGAAAACUUGGUGCCCAGCUUGUAUCUGGGUAUGAUUUCUCAAUUGAACACCAUGACCAGGACCCAUUCUGGAAAGAUCAAGUAAUAGCCUACAGACGAUUAGAACAGAAAGAAAGAAGAUUUCAUCCCAAAAAUAAAGGAGGAAUUUUUUACAGUUCAAUUAUGAUAGACGUCAAGUCAUAUCUUCCGUGGUUAAUGGAGAAGUUUAAGUCGAGAGGAGGUAAAGUUCAGUUUGGCACAAUUUCUUCUGUGAAUGAGAUUUCAGAUAAAUUCGAUUUGAUUAUUAAUUGUGUUGGAGUGAGAGCUUAUCAGCUGCUGAAUGACCAGAACGUAAAACCAAUUCGUGGACAGAUUAUUAAGGUAAUUGCGCCGUGGAUUAAACAUUUCUAUGUUGAUUUUGAUGGUGCUGAGGGUACCGAACGUUAUAUACUGCCGGGACGUGAUUAUGUUAUUCUCGGUGGAACAGGACAAGAAGGAAACUGGAGUACAGAUAUUAACCAAAAGGAUAAGAACAGAAUUUGGGAAAGUUGUGUUAAUCUUGUUCCAAGUUUAAAGAAUGCACAGAAAAUUGGUGAUUGGGUUGGACUUCGACCUGGAAGAACUAAAGUACGAUUAGAACUAGACGAACAAAGAGGAAGUUCCGGAUGUAUGGUUAUACACAAUUACGGUCAUAGUGGAGCUGGUGUAACCCUGCACUGGGGAUGUGCUGGUAAUGUAGCCGAGCUUGCGCAUGCAACACUGACAACGUUAUCGUCCAGACUUUGAGGAGGACACUUACAUUUUAAGACAUUACAUCAUGCAUAUCUUAGUCAAAUAAAAUGCUUCAGCUAUUUAUGAGUAAUAUUUAUGAUUCAAUAUCAUAUGAUUAAUCCAAAAUGUUUUAAAUGGAGACAGUAUUGUUUGUUAAUUUAUUAAUUUAACUGAAUAAAAGAAGAGAUGAUUGUUAA